GCAGCGGCGGUGCUGAAGCUGAACAAGAUGGCUGUGUGUUGGGGAGCGGAGAGCUGAAAAAGAAGGGGGAAAAGAGUCCGAUUUACACAGACACGCCUUACACACAGACACCACGAGUGAAGCCCAUCGUCGUGAUCCUCCCGGAGUGUGAAGACUUUCUCUUUUGCGGAGCGUAACCAGCUGUCAGGCCUUGUUCGGCAGGCUUCUCCGUCUCAAGCCCACCCAUUCAUUCCUUGGGUGUAUAUUGCACAGUAAAGCUUAAUAACGGAAGCUGGUGAAGAAGCUGGACCCGGUCAGUACUAAAGGCGCAUUUAAGAAAUGUCAUUGCUCUGUGUUGGAGUGAAGAAAGGAAAGCUCGAUGGACCACAAGAGAAAUUUAACACUUACGUGACCCUGAAGGUGCAGAAUGUUAAAAGCACAACCAUCGCGGUGCGCGGCAGUCAGCCGUGCUGGGAACAGGACUUUAUGUUUGAAAUAAACCGUCUGGAUCUGGGCCUGACAGUAGAGGUGUGGAAUAAAGGGCUGAUCUGGGACACCAUGGUGGGCACCUUAUGGAUCCCCCUGCGCAGCAUACGGCAGUCCAACGAGGAGGGUCCAGGUCAGUGGCUGACCCUGGACUCCAACGUGAUCAUGGCAGAGAAUGAAAUCUGUGGAACCAAAGACCCGACUUUCCACAGGCUGCUGCUCGACACCCGCUUUGAACUGCCACUAGACAUUCCAGAGGAGGAGGCCAGAUACUGGGCCAAGAAGCUUGAACAGCUAAACGCCAUGAGAGACCAAGAUUAUGCCUAUCAAGAGGAGCAGGAGCGACCCCUCCAUGCACCGUCCACACAGUGCUGUAAUUGGAGUCUCUGGGGAGAUCAGCAAAAUGAGGACCCAGACAGCGCUGUGGAUGACAGGGACAGUGACUACCGCAGCGAAACCAGUAACAGCAUGCCCCCUCCCUACUACACCACUUCCCAGCCCAAUGCUUCCAUGCAUCAGUAUCCCAUGAGGCACCAGCACUACAGACACUCCUACAACGAUGACAUCCAUGAGCCGGACUACGACCACAGAGCUAUGAGACGCUAUGAUAGUUUAGACUCGGCCACCAACGGGCGCAGCGAUAUCGACUCAGGCUCAGGGUCAAGCCGCCGCACCAGUCGUCAGUAUUCUCUAGACAGUAGGCAUUCACUGUCCGAUAGUCCCACAGACAGCCGCUACGCCUCAUCAGGCGAGCUGAGUCGAGGCAGCUCCCAGCUCAGCGAGGAGUUUGUUCCUGAGGAUGGAGAGAGCUUACGAGGUUCAGAGUUCUAUGACGAAAACGACUCCUAUCACUCCUGCCACUCCUCCGUCAGCUAUGGUAAGGAGGAUUCUCCAGGCUGGGAUGGGGAGGACCCCCAAGGUGUCUACAGCGAUGAAGGAGGCUACCUCAAAGAUGGAGGAGAAGGAGGGGCGCUCUAUGAUGAAGAGGAGGGAGACAUGUACGGGGAGGAAGGAGACUAUAACUAUGAAGACGAGGAAGAAAUGCCAUAUGAGGAAGAUGAAGAUAUGUAUCCACUGGAUGGCACUUUUAGUGAAGACCAGGAACCGCCCUACACCCCCACACCCACAAGCACUGCCCCCACCCUGAUGCCUCCAUCCGACAGCCUAUCCACCACCAGGCCGCCACUGGAAAAGCAGGCAUCGUUGCAUCAGCAGCGACUGCCACAAGAUCAGCUCCAGCCCCCCAGUACAGCAGCUGGUCUACCUCCAGUCACAAAGGACGACACGGUGCCUCCUUUUAGUGCAGAACCCACCAAGACUCCAUUUAUACCCUCACAGCCAGAUCUAUCGACCACUGCAACGCCCACUCCCACCACUAUAUCACAGGUUCCAGCUCCAGACAGUAAAACCCUGGAGCCUGAGCCCAUGUCUGAGGUACCGCUGGAGGAACCACGACCCUCUGAGCAACCUCCGGCAGCCGAGAGCAUCCCUCCUCCGAGUAUAGAAGACAAACCAGAGGAGCCUCCUGCUCCGAGCUUCCCAAAAAGGGAAAUCAUGGAACCAGGUCCUGCCAGAGCCAAGGCCAACUGGCUCCGACUCUUCAGCAGAGUACGGCUACAGCUGCAAGAGGCCCGAGGAGAAAGCGUUGGUAUUGCCUCUCUGCUUUUAUCAGCAGGGAUGGGUGGUGCUUUGUAUAGCAUUGACAGUAUGCCGGACCUCAGGAAGAGAAAAGCAAUGCCUCUGGUCAGAGAUCUGGCUAUGUCCUUGGUUCAAAACUCCAGGAAGGCAGGUAUCACCUCAGCCCUGACGUCCAGCACCCUGCAUAACGAAGAACUGAAGAGUCAUGUCUAUAAGAAGACUCUCCAGGCCCUCAUAUAUCCCAUCUCCUGCACCACACCACAUAAUUUUGAGGUGUGGACUGCCACCACUCCCACGUACUGCUAUGAGUGUGAGGGCCUGCUGUGGGGUAUCGCUCGCCAGGGCAUGCGCUGUACCGAAUGUGGAGUCAAAUGCCAUGAGAAGUGCCAAGAUCUGCUGAAUGCCGAUUGUCUGCAAAGAGCGGCUGAGAAAAGCUCCAAACAUGGCGCAGAGGAUCGAACCCAGAACAUCAUUAUGGUUCUGAAAGACCGCAUGAAGAUCCGAGAGAGGAACAAACCUGAGAUCUUCGAGCUCAUUCAGGAAGUGUUCACCGUCCCCAAAUCCACUCACGUCACCCAAAUGAAACAGAUCAAACAGAGCGUGCUCGAUGGCACCUCUAAGUGGUCCGCCAAGAUCAGCAUCACAGUGUUAUGUGCCCAGGGUCUGCAAGCCAAGGACAAAACUGGCUCUAGUGAUCCUUAUGUCACCGUCCAAGUAGGAAAGACCAAAAAGAGGACCAAGACCAUCUAUGGAAACCUCAACCCUGUCUGGGAGGAAACCUUCAAUUUCGAGUGUCACAACUCCUCAGACCGCAUCAAAGUACGAGUGUGGGACGAGGACGACGACAUCAAGUCUCGUGUGAAGCAGAAAUUCAAGCGGGAGUCAGAUGAUUUUCUCGGCCAAACUAUCAUCGAGGUUCGCACUCUGAGCGGCGAGAUGGACGUGUGGUACAAUCUGGACAAGCGAACAGACAAAUCAGCUGUAUCUGGAGCUAUCCGCAUGCACAUUAAUGUCGAGAUAAAAGGAGAGGAGACGGUCGCCCCAUAUCAUGUUCAGUACACCUGUUUGCACGAGAACCUCUUCCACUAUGUGACAGAUAUCCAGAACAACGGUGUGGUGAAGAUCCCUGACGCUAAAGGAGAUGAUGCAUGGAAGGUCUACUUUGAGGAGACUCCCCAGGAAAUAGUGGAUGAGUUUGCCAUGCGUUAUGGAGUGGAGUCCAUUUACCAGGCUAUGACCCACUUUGCCUGCCUGUCGUCGAAGUACAUGUGUCCGGGUGUACCUGCAGUAAUGAGCACCCUGCUGGCAAACAUCAAUGCUUACUACGCUCACACCACACAGGCGACCAACAAUGUGUCUGCCUCCGACCGCUUCGCUGCCUCUAACUUUGGGAAAGAGCGGUUUGUCAAGCUUUUAGACCAGCUGCAUAACUCUCUGAGGAUCGACUUGUCCAUGUAUCGAAACAAUUUCCCUGCCAGCAGUCCUGAGAGACUGCAGGACCUCAAGUCCACAGUGGACCUCCUUACCAGUAUCACCUUUUUCAGAAUGAAGGUUCAAGAGCUUCAGUCUCCACCCAGAGCCAGUCAGGUAGUGAAGGACUGUGUCAAAGCCUGCCUCAACUCCACUUACGAGUACAUCUUCAACAACUGCCACGAACUCUACAGUCGCGAGUAUCAGACAGAUCCGGCGAAACAGGGUGCAGUGCCUCCAGAGGAGCAGGGACCCAGCAUCAAGAACCUGGACUUUUGGUCCAAACUCAUCACCCUCAUCGUUUCCAUCAUUGAAGAGGACAAGAACUCCUACACUCCCUGCUUAAACCAAUUUCCCCAGGAGCUCAACGUUGGGAAAAUCAGUGCUGAAGUGAUGUGGAACCUGUUUGCCCAGGACAUGAAAUAUGCAAUGGAGGAACAUGAAAAAAAUCGUUUGUGCAAGAGUGCAGAUUACAUGAACCUGCAUUUCAAAGUCAAGUGGCUAUACAACGAGUACUGCAAAGACCUUCCCUUCUUCAAGAGUAGAGUGCCUGAAUAUCCUGCGUGGUUUGAACCAUUUGUCAUCCAGUGGCUGGACGAAAAUGAGGAAGUAUCUCGUGACUUUCUGCACGGCGCUUUGGAGAGAGACAAAAAGGAUGGGUUCCAGGUCACAUCCGAACACGCACUGUUUUCCUGUUCGGUGGUGGAUGUGUUUUCCCAGCUCAACCAGAGCUUUGAGAUCAUCAGGAAGCUGGAGUGUCCUGAUCCGCAGAUCGUAGGACACUACAUGAAGCGAUUUGCUAAGACCAUCAGCAAUGUCCUUCUUUCAUACGCUGAUAUCAUCUCUAAGUUGUUUGCUAACUACGUCACCAUGGAGAAAGUGCCCUGCAUCCUGAUUAACAACAUCCAACAACUGAGAGUUCAGCUGGAGAAGAUGUUCGAGGCCAUGGGAGGAAAAGAUUUGUGUGUUGAGGCCAGUGACAUCCUGAAGGAUCUACAGGUGAAACUCAACAAUGUCAUGGAUGAUCUCAGCAGGGUCUUUGCUGUCAGCUUCCAGCCUCACAUCGAGGAGAAUGUGAAACAGAUGGGAGACAUCUUGGCUCAGGUAAAGGGAACAUCGAAUGUGGGCAAUGCCAGCAGCGUGGCCCAGGACGCUGACAAUGUCCUCCAACCCAUCAUGGAGUUCCUGGACAGCAACUUGACUUUGUUUGCAAAGAUCUGUGAGAAGACGGUUCUGAAACGUGUGUUGAAAGAGUUGUGGAAGCUGGUAAUGAACACCAUGGAGAAGACCAUCGUUCUGCCGCCGCUGACAGACCAAACGAUGAUUGGGAGACUGAAGAGUGCUUCUCACAGUGAUGGCACUCAGCUCAUCUUCAACGCCGCCAAGGAGUUGGGCCAGCUGUCCAAGCUGAAGGAACACAUGGUUCGUGAGGAGGCCAAAGCUCUGACGCCUAAGCAGUGUGCUGUAAUAGAACUGGCUCUGGACACCAUCAAGCAAUACUUCCAUGCUGGCGGUGUGGGUCUGAAGAAGACUUUCCUGGAGAAGAGUCCUGACCUCCUGUCCCUCCACUACGCCCUGUCCCUCUACACACAGGCCACAGACAAACUCAUUAAGACCUUUGUCCAGUCACAGAACGCUCAAGUGUUCGGCGGGAAGGGGGUGAGGUUCACCACUAGUGAGGAUGUUUACCCAGACAAGGGAUCUGGGGUGGACGACGCAGUGGGAGAGGUUUCCAUCCAUGUUGAGAUUUUCACUCACCCCAACACUGGAGAACAUAAGGUCACAGUGAAAGUGGUGGCUGCCAAUGACCUGAGGUGGCAGACGCAGGGAAUAUUCCGGCCGUUUGUGGAGGUCUACAUCAUAGGCCCUCACCUCAGCGACAAAAAGAGGAAGUACGCCACCAAGUCAAAAAACAACAGCUGGGCUCCAAAAUACAAUGAAACCUUCACUUUUACUUUGAGCAACGAAGUGGGUCCUGAGUGCUACGAGCUACAGGUGUGUGUGAAGGACUACUGCUUCGCCCGAGAGGACCGCACAGUGGGCAUGGCUGUCCUCCAGCUGAAAGACGUGGCGUCCAAAGGCAGCGUGGCCUGCUGGCUGCCUCUCGGCAAGCGUAUCCACAUGGACGAGACAGGCCUCACCGUGCUGCGCAUCCUUUCUCAGCGCAACAACGACGACGUGGCCAAGGAGUUUGUCAAGCUCAAGUCCGACCAGCGCUCCGCCGAGGAGGGUCGCAGCUAAGAGGCCACAACGGAAUUGAAAAGCAACCCGUCCGAAGCUGGAUGACGCCUCACCACCUACUGCCCUAGAGCUCUGCUGAGCCACUGCUAACCACUGCCCCGAAGAUCCAGUGUUGUACAAGCACAGAGAAGACAACAGCCACCACACAUCCAGCGCUGUAAAUACAUUCAUUUCAGUGGGAAGGACAUGAGUCUUUUAAUGUCACAGAUACUAUCAACAAUGUCUUUGAAGAACUAUAUAAGGACACAUAGUCAUCACAGAGUAUAUAUAUCUACUUUCCUCUAUCCACAGAGGUGAGUCAUGCCAUUAAACACACACACCUUAUUUGACUGGUCAGGGUAAGAUAUAUCUUGCAGCCUUUAAAAGUUCAGCUUUCUGUCUCACGUCGUUUACUUUACCCCUCCUCCCCUUUACUUUCCUGUUCCUCUCGUCCCUUCCCUGCCUUGCACCUGCUCAAAGAAGGGACCGCAAGUGCCAACAGGUAAUCACUGAAAUGCCAAGACCAGCCCUAAGCACAACUGGACCGGCCGUCCAACUGACCGAGUAACAAAUAAUAAUGGCUGCAAGGCCUCAAACAUUCCAAAUAUUGGGAACAAAGGCACUAUUUAGUUAUGAAUAUUUUAAGACUGUGGGUUAAUUCAGAUAUCAGUUUACUGGUUUCUUCCAGAUUAUAUUUCUAUUUAAAUAAGUCUAUAUAACAUCAUAUAUAUAAAUAUAAAUAUAUAUAAAUAUGAAGGACAGAUGUAAAGUUAUAAACAGGAUUAUUUGAUGGACGUGUGGUGCUUGAUAGGUUUAUGUCUGUCUACCCUGUAACAGAGCACACUGCCUGACGCCCUCAAUGCCUUCUGUCUUGUUUACCCUCGUAUAGUAUGUCUGCGUGUCUCCUAUAUAGCGCCUGUAUAGAGAGAUUAUCUGAUGAAAACACACCUUCAAGCACUGUGAUUCAUCAGAAUAUAUAUAUGUGUGUGAAUGAGCGUGACUGACUGUGGAGGUGGACUCACAUGGAGCUCAUCAUGCGCGUGUGUUUGUAAAACGUUCGAUAUUGUUGACCUCAUGUAGCCACCUGUGUUGCCUGUUACCUGCAAAUGUAAUCACAGAAAGCCAUCAUGAGUAAAGAACAUAGCAUAGGAGGGGGUGAUUUUCUAAGUGUCUUUUACUUUCAAAGGGAUGCAUCUUAUUCCUUAGGAUGGUUAUUUCCAUCUUCUGUGUUAUUCAACAUUCCACAGCUUGACUGCCCUAUAAGGGGGUGCAAAUGUUUGUGUGAGGUGCAUGGUAAAGCAAGACAGACUUACUGUAAUCUGCCUUUAGAAAAAAAAAAGAUGUAAAACAAAAACUGCCAAAUCAAAACCUGCUCAAAACACACUGAUGAGACCCUAGUCCACAAAAGCGAAAUCACUCUGAGGUAAAAGUGAAACCCACACAACCUGCACCAGGGAGAGCACAGAUCUUUAAUGAUCCACCACUGAUGAUCCCUAGUCGUGAUCCAGCUGCAGGUGCUGUAACCUCUAAUCGACAAGUCAGAUCUCUGCUAAAGGGCUGCAGAUCCAGACCACGCCGGGUCUGGCACUGACAUUUAAAAGAGGGCCUACAGUUCAGCCUGGUACUCUAGUGAGUGGAGAGUGAAGAUUUAAGCACAGGGUCUUUGCUGCACCCAUAAUAACACAUUUUUACUACAGUGAUGAUUCAUUUGUUGUUCGGUAACUUUUUAUGGAAAUACACAGCAAUUGCACAUCAAAUGUGUCAAAAUCAUUUUACAGGUGAUUAGAUCUAGUGUCAUGUCACGUGAAGCUGUUAUGAACUGAUUAUUGACUGUCCAGCAUGUCUGUUAAUGCCACUUCUAUUUUCAAUGAAUGCCAUUUUUUUAAAGGUUUAUUUAUCUAUAAAGGUAUUUGUUUGUAAGAACAACAUAAGUGUCAGGGCAAAGAAAUGAUCAGAGUGCAUUGAACUUGAAGUUUGGGAAUGACAGGGUGUUUUUUUCUAUUUCAGAGUAGAUGCCUCUUUUUAAGUUGCCAUUGAGGGCAUCUAUCCCCCCGAAGCACUUGACAGUAACUGAAUAAUCUAAUAGACCCCCCCUUUUUUCAACAAGGUGUAAGAACUGAACUCUAUGCAUCUAAUUUAUGAAAUCUAUGUAGAUGAGUCAUUUUUGAAGCAGUCUUAUAAUGUUUACAUUGUGGAUUAUUAUGAUUAUAUCAGCACAAGUGUUUGUCUGAUAUGUUGUAAAUGCUGUGUCUAUUGUAAUGGGCCAAAUAUCACAGCUGUAGUCGGGCUGAUUAGAGACUGAAAUUUUGUUUGUGCAGCUUUUCAGCACAGAAGAAAACCUGGAACAGAGAUCGAUUGCUGGUCGUGGGUAUUGUAAAUAACUCUCGGAUGUAACAAACACGUCAGACUACGUCAAGUGAAGUUUGCUGCUCUUUUUGUAGACUUGAAUUUUGCUCUGGGGUGACUGGGCGAAUGUACAAACGCCCAUCUGGAUAUGUAGCUUUUGUUGAAAGAUGUGAAAGGUGUGUAUACACUGGAGAUGCACAACCUAUUAAACAAAAGAAAAAUGAUGAAUAUAUCUGAUUCAGGGCCAGAAAUGAACUGCCAAGCUUUUAUAUUGGCAUUAUUGAAACAGUAUCAGAAUCUGUUGUGCGUCGCUCUGGUGCAUACGCCGCCUUUAAAUCACAGGCCUCUGCAGAGUUUUAAUAACAGGUACACACAACUGUCACAUAGCUGGAAAUGCCACGAAAAAAAUCUUUAUUUAUUGCUGUUGACAAUGAAACUUUAGUCGAGGAAGCACUCAGAUGUUGGGGUAUCGGUCUGGCAUGUGGGACAGGAAUGCACGAAGAAGUUAAGGACGUAGAAGCACAAAGAAAAGCACAUAGAUCCAAGCAAGACAGACAUGCAUGUUCUGUCCAGUUCAGCUGACCAGACUGCACACACCGAUGCCAGUCCUGUACUUCCAGAAACGGUGCAUGAUAGGAACAAUAAAACAAAAAGAAAAAAAUGUAUUGUGCCAGCACGCAUAAUUAUUUGAUGUUAUUUGCCAAUUGUUGUCUCCUUUAUUUUGAUAUGUCAUUAUUGUUUUCUAUUUUUCAGAUGUUUGUGAAUAUAUAAAUAUGUAUUACUGAUGAUGUGUAGUGGUACAAAGUACUCGCAUGAGAAUUUUUUUAUACACAAGAUGUUUCUAAUUUUUAGUUUUUUUUUUAUUCUGGUCGUUCUUAUUGGGGGUUAAGGUUACUGGGACUGCAGUCUCAUUGUGUUUCUGCUUCCAAUAAAAAUAUGAAAAAUUGC